ACUUAGGGCUCGCCAUGGACUUUUAACGCCCCGAAAGGCGAUUAAUGGAGGCGCGCAGGCGGUGGAUUCCCCCCGUCCCCUCCCACCUCGGGGAUAUUCUUCAGGCAGCCCCGAUGCCGCCCUCUGAAUUCGCGAGCGGGGGGGGGCGUGGAGAAGGGCAGCUUUUUAGCUUCGAGGCCGCGUCCAAUCAACGACAUUCACCGAACGGCAGGGCUUUGCGGUGGGUGGGACUCUCGUGGUGGUGGUUUUUAUUGUGAGCAGUUCUCUAAGCGACUUUACGUUUCGCCGGAGA